GAGAAAGGCCAGCUAAUAAUUGAAGGCUGAGUAGGGCUCCUUGGGUCUUUCUUUAUCUCGUUGGCAUUUAACUUGCCUUCUUUGUUAGGUGGUAGCGACCUUGAAGAAAGAAAGAAAGGAAAAAAAAAAAAAAAAAAGGGAAAAAUUAAACCAGAGCCUGCAAUGGGCAGCAAAGCAAGCCCUGAAACAGCACCAACACAACCAGCUCUUCCAUGGAAGACACGUCUCACCGUCUCACUCAUUUCAACCUUUUCGGAUGCCACCCGCCGUUCCGACCGCACCAUAAACCGCCGUCUCCUCAACUUCUUCGACUUCAAGUCACCUCCUUCCCCCACCAAACCAAUCCGUUCCGUUAUCUCCUUCGACACCAUGGUUGACAGCACCCGCAACUUAUGGUUUCGCCUAUACUUCCCAACCGGAAGUACAACAGAGACAGCAGCAGCAGCUUGUUGCGCGAAUAUGCUUCACGAUGACUCCUUACCUAACGAUAAGGGCAGCAACAAUGUUCUCCCGGUGAUGAUUUUCUUCCAUGGAGGAGGAUUUUCGUUUCUUAGCGCUGCAAGCAGAUAUUACGACAUCGCUUGCCGCAGAUUCUCACGUAGACUCCCUGCCAUCGUAAUCUCCGUCAACUACCGUCUCACCCCUGAACACUGCUUCCCUUGUCAAUAUGAUGACGGUUUUGACGUCCUCAAAUUCCUUGAUGAGAAUCACACCACCGCGUUGCCAGCCAAUGCGGAUUUAUCAAAAUGUUUCCUUGCUGGAGAUAGUGCCGGGGCAAACUUGGCUCAUCACGUGGCGGUUAAGGCAUGCCGGACACGAUUUCGGGUCGCUAAGGUUGUUGGAUUAAUAUCUAUACAGCCGUUUUUUGGAGGAGAGGAGAGAACCGAGUCGGAGAUGCGACUGACUGGGUCGCUGUUGGUUUCGGUUCCUCGAACAGAUUGGUGUUGGAAGGUGUUUCUGCCGGAAGGGAUGAAUCGGGACCAUUACGCGGUGAACGUGAGCGGACCUAAUGCGGAGGAUAUUUCAGGUCUGGAUUAUCCAAGAACGUUGGUGUUUGUAGCCGGGUGGGACCCUUUACAGGAUUGGCAGAGGAGAUACUACGAAUGGCUAAAGAGAUCCGGAAAAGAGGCAACUCUGAUAGAAUAUCCAAAUAUGAUUCAUGCCUUUUACAUCUUCCCCGAAUUGGCAGAGUCCUCCCAAUUGAUCUCCCAGGUCAAGGAUUUUGUUGCAGCAUCUAAGCUAUAAGUUAAUACUAGUAUUAUACUAGGUCUUGAAAAUUUUUAUACUAGUAAUUUUUAAUUUGUCUGCUGCUUAUGUAUUUUCAUGAUUUGGGUGCAUUUGAAAUGCCUAUGCCGUCACUAUGUUUGUCCAAUUAUGAAUAAUUAUGCAAUUGAAAUUAAUAUGUAUUGCUAGCUUUGACUAAUACUCAAAUUUAAGAUUCCAUCUCUUUAUAA